AUGGACACCUCCUCGGCGGUGGCCGCCCGCGCGCUCCUUCUCCUCGGUUUGCUCGGGCUGGAUGCGGCGCCUGCCAAAGGCUCGGGCAGCGCUGCGAGCAAACGCCAGAGGAGCUGCCCGGCCACCUGUCACUGUGAGCCCGACGGGAUGCUGUUGAGAGUGGACUGCUCGGACCUGGGCCUGACCAGCGUGCCCGCCAACCUCAGCAUCUUCGCCUCAUACCUUGACCUCAGUAUGAACAACAUCUCAAAGCUACCCUCAAACUCCCUGCACAAUCUCCGCUUCCUAGAAGAGCUCCGUCUAGCAGGAAAUGGCUUGACACACAUCCCCAAAGGAGCAUUUGCUGGACUUUUUAGUCUUAAAGUUCUAAUGCUACAGAACAACCUGCUACGGCAAGUUCCAGCUGAAGCACUCCAGAACCUGCGCACUCUUCAGUCUUUACGUCUGGAUGCUAACCACAUCAGCUUUGUGCCCCCCAACUGUUUCAACGGCUUGGUUUCACUCAGACACCUGUGGCUAGAUGACAACUCUUUGACAGAUAUUCCAGUGCAAGCUUUCAAGAGUUUACCAGCACUUCAAGCAAUGACACUGGCACUGAACAAAAUAUACCACAUUCCAGAUUAUGCAUUUGGAACUCUCUCCAGUUUAGUAGUUCUACAUCUCCAUAACAAUAGAAUCUACUCACUGGGAAAGAAAUGCUUUGAUGGUCUCCACAGCCUAGAGACUUUAGAUUUAAAUUACAACAAUCUGGAUGAAUUCCCCACCUCUGUCCGAGCACUCAGAAGCCUGAAAGAACUGGGAUUUCAUAGUAAUAAUAUCAAGUCAAUACCUGAGCAAGCAUUUGUGGGCAAUCCAUCACUUAUAGCAAUCCAUUUCUAUGACAAUCCUAUUCAGAUUGUGGGGAAGUCUGCUUUUCAGCAUUUACCUGAACUCAGAACCUUGACUUUAAAUGGUGCAUCACAGAUAACAGAGUUCCCUGAUCUGACCGGGACAAGAAGUCUGGAAAGCCUCACCCUAACAGGAGCCCAGAUCACAUCUCUUCCUGAAACAGUCUGUGAACAACUCCCUAACCUUCAAGUACUAGAUCUGUCCUAUAAUCAGCUGGAAGACUUGCCAGUUUUUACUGCUUGUGAAAAACUUCAGAAAAUUGACUUACACCACAAUGACAUCUACAAAAUCGAAGCAGGCACAUUCCAGCAGCUGGUUGCCCUGCGUUCUCUCAACUUGGCUUGGAACAAAAUAUCAACCAUCCAGGCCAAUGCAUUCUCCUCUUUACAGUCCCUAAUUAAACUGGAUCUGUCAUCCAACCUUUUGGCAUCUUUUCCUGUAACUGGCCUCUAUGGUUUAACUCAUCUAAAAUUAACAGGAAAUCAUGCACUUCAGAGUUUGAUAUCAUCUGAAAACUUUCCAGAACUCAAGAUGAUAGAAAUGCCUUAUGCUUACCAGUGCUGUGCCUUUGGAGUUUGUGACAACUACUACAAAAUCCAAAAUCAGUGGAGCAAAGAUGAGAACAGCAGUGCUGAUGAAUUUCAAAGGAAAGAUGCUGGCGUAUUCCAUACUCAUGAUGACUUUGAGGAUUUUCUUCUUGACUUUGAUGAAGAUUUGAAAACUCAUCAUUCAGUCCAAUGCUCUCCCUCUCCAGGACCCUUCAAGCCAUGUGACUACCUAUUUGGCAGCUGGUUGAUCCGAAUUGGAGUUUGGACUAUAGUGUUUUUGGCUAUCACGUGCAAUGCAUUGGUGCUUGUAACGGUCUUCAGAUCCCUGUUUAUUUCCUCCAUAAAGCUAUUGAUCGGACUAAUAGCCAUUGUGAACAUGCUCAUGGGCACAUCUAGCAGUGUGCUUGCCAGUAUGGAUGCACUAACCUUUGGAGUCUUUGCUCACUAUGGUGCUUGGUGGGAAGGUGGAACUGGUUGCCACAUUGUUGGCCUUCUAUCCAUCUUUGCUUCAGAGGCUUCCAUUUUUUUGCUCACCUUAGCGGCCCUUGAGUGCAGUUUCUCUGUGAAACAUGUUACAAAGUUUGAGACAAAAUUCACUGUUACUAGCAUGAGAACAGCCAUUUUCUUUUGCUUCAUGUUGGCAUCAAUCAUUGCAAUGAUUCCAUUACUUGGGGGGAGUGAGUACGGGGUUUCUCCCCUCUGCAUACCAUUGCCUUUUGGGAAGCCAGCUGCUGUGAGUUACAUGGUAGCAUUGGUCUUGUUAAAUUCUCUUUGUUUUCUUGUUAUGACAAUAGCCUACACAAAGCUCUACUGUAGUCUGGAAAAGAGGGAAAUGGACAAUAUUUGGGAUUGUUCUAUGGUGAAGCACAUAGCCUUGUUGCUUUUUACUAACUGCAUUCUCUAUUGCCCUGUGGCCAUCUUAUCAUUUUCUUCCUUGUUAAAUCUCAGUUUUAUUAGUCCAGAAGUAAUUAAACCAAUACUCCUAGUGAUUGUCCCCCUCCCUUCUUGUGUAAACCCACUUCUUUACAUACUUUUCAAUCCCCAUUUCAAGGAAGACCUUGGAAGCCUUCGAAAGCAAACCUUUCUAUGGAAAGCAUCAAAGCAUGCCAGUAUGAUGUCUGUAAACUCAGAGGAUGCAGAAAAACAGUCAUGUGAUUCAACCCAGGCUCUAGUAACCCUUGCAGGGACCAGAAUAGCGUAUGAUAUUCCUACCAAUAACCCACUAGUGCCACAAUCCUAUCAAAUGUCAGAAAGCUGUAACCUUUCAUCAGUAACAUUUGUUCCAUGUCGUUAG